AAUGAUUUAUUAAAUAAAAGCGAGACUUCUGAAUCAAAUUGUAAGUUCAAUCAGUGAGAGAUCAGCCAGGGUAAAGCUGUGACGAUGACAAGCAAUCUUGUUGGCUUCACGAUUAUAACUUUUGCCACGGUCACUUGGAGUUCACCGACGUUUGAUUCACAAUUUGAUAAAAUUCGAAUAGAAAGUAACAGUAACAACAUAAACCGUUUUAAACCUUUACUUCAUCGAAGACACAAUGAUGAACUAUAUGCUGAAGAUAAUGAAAUUCAACCAAGGCAUGUUUUGGGAAAUGAGAAAUUUCUGUCAAGGCGAUUCAUUGGUGAACCUGAUACCGAAUUAAACUCUAUUAACCAACCACGUGAAACAUCUCUCUUUAAAAAAAUGGAAUACAUGCUUAUGCUUUUGAAGGGGGUUUUACUACAAGGAUAUAGAUUUGCAAAAUCUUUAUCUGAAGAAAUUUUGAUAAAAGAUACUGAGAAAGUGAAGGACAAUGGUGAUACUAAAAACAAUAAAAAGACCUACUUGAAUGAAAUUUCCACUGAAGAAUAAAACGAUAAAAUAUUAUAAACAGGUUCAAAGAAUAAAACCCAGUUUUUAAUCCUAGUUGAAAUCAAUAUUUUUAAGCUCUAAAUUAUAACACUAGUGUUGAGCAAAAAUGUACUUGUAGCUUAAAAAUAACUAAACUCUGUAAGCUUUCAUACCUUGGAGUUUGAGCAAGCUUAAACUUGUGUUGAGUUAAUAAAUAUGUGCAGCACUUUUUGUUAUUCA